AUGGCAACGAGAAGGACAGGGCAACUAGUACAGCGUAGCACGGCCUCUAGUGGAAUUUUACCCGAGGAUAACCCGGACAUCGAAGGUAACGAAGGUUACGAGAGCGACGAAGAGACAGGCGACAGAAAAGAAACUCGACUCACUCUGAUGGAAGAAGUGCUACUGUUAGGUCUUAAGGAUAAAGAGGUAAACGUUAGAAGCUUUCGUUUGUCCUUGAUGUCGUUAGGUCUCUGUGUAAUGAACUAUUUCGCUCCUGAUCGCUAGGGUUAUACGUCAUUUUGGAACGACUGCAUUUCAUCCGGUCUGCGUGGCUGUAUGGUGAUUGAGUUAGGAUUGCGUGGAAGAAUCGAACUCGAGAAGACUGGAAUGCGGCGAAGGAGCUUGCUUAACAGGCGGGUUUUAUGCAAGAGCGAUAAUUUAACUGGCGAUGUACUUUUGGAUGAAGCCUUGAAGCACAUUAAAGAGACCGAUCCCCCAGAUACUGCGCAAAAUUGGAUCGAACUACUAAGCGGUGAGUGAGAAAACGUAAUUAUUCAUGUCGUCAUCUACUUGCCACCACAUUCAAUUUGUUAAAAUCAAACACCAUGAAAAAUUCCUAUCCCUGUCUUUUCUUACAUUGCGUUUUUUUCGCCGCAUUUAGCCCACGAAACAUCCCGAUUUGCUUUUAAACUUAUUAUUUGUUUGCGUUGCCUAUGUUGAACUUUUAUGAGUUAAUCCUGUGCGUCGAUUACGUGUUGAUAAUCCAAAAAAGCUAAAAACUAAGCGGUUUCUGGUUUAUGUUGUGCAUUUGAAUACUGGAAAGUAUAAGAAUAAGAAUUUUUCUCAAGAGACUGAAUUUUUGGAGGUUUUAGAACAGAUCGUGGUCGGCAUUGGAUACGGUGAACGUGUCACUGUUUAGCAUAUAUCUGUAUAUAAUGUUUGCAGAAUUAAAAAACCUUAUGGGGUCAAUUUUAAAGUUACGACCUAUAACUUCUCCUCGUAGAUCCUUAAUACUUGUACCGCGUUAGUAACACUUGUUGAGACAUUUUUGUAAUUUGAUUGCAUUUGGGAAAAUAAUACAGACUUACAUGUGCGUCUGAAAAUUUCUGUAGGGGAAAACAGUAGCUUCUACAAAACUCAGACAUUCUUUCAGCUUGUUACACAAAUUCCUUCUUAACUACAUCCAUGUGACAUAAAAGGAAACCUGGGAGCAUGUAUCCAGCCGUUGAAGAUACUUUAAAAUUGGUGUGCGUCAAAUCAGGAUAUGAUCAUUGGACCGAUUUGAAUUUUAAUGAAUUACAGUGUAUGUGAUUGCAGUCACAUGAAAAAUGUCGUUUUUCAACCACAGUAACAGACCAAAUGACAUCUUGAAAAAUUGAUAUGGUACCCCAGAAAAUUUAAAAGUAAAAGCAGGCAACAGUAAUGUUUCCUUUUAAAAAGAAGCCUCUUUUACCACCAGGAGUUUCGAUAAAAAUUGAAGUAGCUGGCAGGUUUGAAUAGAUUAACCAACUGUAUUAACAAGGGGUCAUUAUUCCCUUUUUUCUAUGGUGGACGAUGGGGUUUGGUGGCAUGCUUCCCCAGAAAAUUUUGACACUUCAAAGCCUUAAAAUGUGAUUUUUAGCAUCUGGGGACUAAACUGAUGACAGAAGAGUGUAUCUCUCAUUUAAGAAAAUGCAGCUUUCAUCCAUCUUUUGAUUUAUCAGUCACACAAUCAAUUCCUACAAUAAUAACUAAAUUAUGUACUUUUGCACGUAAACAAAUUCUGUAUAAACCUGUGAAAAAGUGACUAAAAUAUAGUGUUCAGAUGACUGCAUAAUGUAAAACUAGUGGGCCUUUAUGAAAACACAUCAUAAUUAUGUUUUCAUUCAGAUUUUACGAUAUAUAUAUUUUUGUUUACAACAUUAUUCAAACUAGUUGCUUAGUUGCUUGUAGGAGCUGACUUCUAUGAGCAAAGUAGCUGAUGCAUUUUUUUAGCCAUCAGUGCUUAUUGAAACCCCUGAUCUUGAUCCACUAACCAAGUGAAUUUUAGCCUUGUUGUCAUUUUGUUAGAUGUGCUGUGGUGCAACUUUGAGACUGGUUCAAAUUAUAUUUUCCUUUUAAUAUUUCAGUUAUUAUCAUCCAUCACAAUAUCCCAAAACCUUUGAAGUAAAAUUUGCAAGGUUGCAUUUGAUUAUUUCUCUUGAAAUUUUCAUUUAUAAUAAUAAUAAUAAUAAUUUUAAUAAUCAUCAUCAUUGUUAGGCAAAUUAUUGCUUUUUAUAUUUUGUUAUCUUUUACUAUGAUUUUCAUAUUUUAAAGAAUUUUGGCAGGCAAAAAGUAAAAUUUGGCUAAACAUUUCUGUGUUGGAGUCAAAUCAAUCCUGUUAGUAAUUCUUUGGAGUCAUGGAUAUAUUUUUGACUUACAAAAAUGCCAAAUUUGCUGUAUUUUUUUAUCCGUCAGUCCUCCCUGUAAUUUUUCUUGUUGCUACAUGAAAUUUAGUGUAGUAUUCUUGAACAUAUGUCUUUUUUUUUCCUGCAGGAGAGACGUGGAAUCCCUUAAAACUUAGAUAUCAGCUCAGGAAUGUGCGUGAGCGACUUGCAAAGAAUCUUGUUGAGAAGGGAGUGCUCACAACGGAGAAACAGAAUUUCCUCUUGUUCGACAUGACAACACAUCCUCUUGUGGAUUCAGGUCUCAAACAAAAAGUUGUAAAAAAAGUUCAAGAUGCAGUCUUAUCAAAAUGGGUGAAUGAUCCUAAUAGGAUGGAUAAAAGAGUGCUGUCAUUGAUUUAUCUUGCACACUCCUCCGAUGUUUUGGAGAAUGCAUUUAAUCCUCUCUCUGAUGACGAUUAUGAACUAGCAAUGAAAAGGGUUCGAGAUCUCUUAGAACUUGAACCCGAGGAGCAAGCACAGAAGCCAAAUGCUAACGAGGUCAUGUGGUGUGUAAUUUCAGCUUUCAUUAAAUAA